AUGGGCAGUGGCAUCGAAGAGCAUCAAGACUUUAUAUUCUGCUUCAAAGGAGAAACACCUGGCCUGCAUGGAGUAGGAUUUUUGAUAAAAAAAGAAUACAAAAACAAUAUAUUAAGCUUCUCAGGCUUAUCUGAAAGAGUUGCAAUACUUCAACUUGAGUUCAACAAAAAGAUAAUAUCAAUAAUUCAAGUGUAUGCACCAACUGAAAAGGCUUCUAAAGAAGAAAUGGAAAAAUUUUACGAAUCACUGCAAGAAGCGCAAGCGCAGACUAGCGGAGAUGUACUGUUAAUGGGAGACUUCAAUGCCAAAGUAGGGAUAGCUAAAACAAAAGAAGAUAAGAUUCUAGGUAAAUUUGGUUAUGGAAAAAGAAACGAAAGAGGUGAAAAGCUCAUAGAAUUUGCCUUCGAACACAAACUGUCGAUUAUGAAUACGUAUUUUAAAAUGAGACAAAAUCGAAAAUGGACUUGGAAAUCACCAAAUGGAAAAGUAAAGAAUGAAUUAGACUAUAUCCUAUCAAACCAGCCCAAAAGUAUAAGGAAAAUAGAAGUACUGCACGGCUUAGGGUAUAGUUCCGAUCACAGACUGGUUAGAGCAACUUAUUCUUUACAAAAUACUAAAAAACGUAGGAUAUCGUUCAAAUCAUCCCCAAAUAUAUUCAAAACUGAAAAAGAAAUAAUGAUGUACACUAGAAAUUUAGAAAACAACAUAAAAGAACUUGAACCUUUUGAAGACGACGAUGUCCAGACCCUAUACAACAAAAUAGAACACGUCAUUAAAAAAAGCAUAUCAACAAACGAACACAAAGAGGAACAAAGUUUUUCAACAUUAGACCAUAUUCAUGUAAUGGAGCAAAUAAUAGAAAAGUACAAGGAGUUCAACAGACCAAUAUAUAUAGGUUUUAUCGAUUACGCUAAGGCAUUUGAUACGAUCUCACAUGACGCCAUCUGGGAGGCACUGGACAAAUGUCAGGUCCACGACAAGUACAAAAAUGUCUUGAAGAACAUUUACGACAAGAGCACCAGUUGUGUGAAACUAGAGAACCGAGGACCUGAAAUACCUAUUCUAAGAGGAGUGAGACAAGGAGACCCACUUUCCCCGAAGAUCUUUAUAGCAGUGCUGCAUAACAUUUUUGAGGAGCUGAAAUGGAAAAACGAAGGCCUUAAAAUAUGUAACCAAUACUUGAGUCACCUCAGAUUUGCAGAUGAUAUAGUCCUCUUAGCUGAUAACAGUAGAAAACUAGAAAAAAUGAUAAACCAACUAAAUGUACAAAGUAAAAGAGUAGGCCUAUUAAUGAAUAAAGACAAAACAAAAGUAAUGACAAACAGCGUCAAACAUCCAAUAAAACUUGAAGGAAAAACAUUAGAAUUCGUAAACAAAUACAUAUAUCUAGGAAAAGAAAUAUCAUUUGAAGACAGAAGCGAAGAAGAAGAGGUACAACGUAGAAUAAAUAUGAGUUGGAAAAAAUAUUGGUCACUCAAAGAGAUAAUGAAAGGAGACUAUCCACUCCACCUCAAGAAAACAGUUAUGGAUACAUGCAUCUUACCAACUCUCACAUAUGGUUGCCAAUCGUGGACUUUCAACACCACCAUAAAAACAAAAAUGGUUAAUUGCCAGAAAGCUAUGGAAAGAAGCAUUCUAAAAAUAAAAAUAAAAAUAAAAGAUAAAGUAAGAAGUGAAUUUAUACGAAACAAGACAAAAUUAAUUGAUGUCCUAAACUUCAGUAAAAGAUUAAAGUGGCGAUGGGCUGGCCACGUAGCACGCUACAGUGACAAACGAUGGACAAAUGAAGUGACAAAAUGGAAAGGGCCUAAUGGGAAAAGAAGGAAAGGACGACCUAUGAAACGAUGGAGUGAUGAUAUCAUAGUCACCGCUGGGAAGGAGUGGAUGAGGCAGGCUCGGAACAGAGAAAAUUGGAUUAAGCUGGAGGAGGCCUAUACCCAAAUAGGGGUUCCUGUCGAGGAAAAUUGA